AAAUAAUUCUAUUCUAUUCUAUCCCACACCACGCUUCCUUGAGAGAGAGAUGGGCCAUUGCAGCGGAAGCACGGCCCAGAUGAUGCAGAUCUUCAUACAGGUACUCUGCGGGAGAUAUUUCAUGAUGUACGCAUCUGUCCUCAUCCUCUCCACCACAGGAACCACUUUCCUCUUCGGCAUAUACUCCAGCGUCAUCAAAUCAUCAAUGGCCUACAAUCAACAGACUCUCAACACCAUUGGCUUCUUCAAAGACCUCGGCGGCAACAUUGGCAUCCUCUCCGGCCUCAUCCAUGAGAUAUCUCCACCGUCCAUCGUCCUCGCCAUCGGUGCCGUCACGAACCUCACCGGCUACCUCAUGAUCUGGCUCUCUGUCACAGGCCACAUCGCCCGCCCCGCCGUCUGGCAGAUGUGUCUCUACAUCUUCAUUGCUGCCAAUGCUCAGUCAUUCGCCACCGUUAGUGCACUCGUCUCCUGCGUCAAGAACUUCCCAGAAGGCCGCGGCGUCGUGAUCGGCCUACUCAAGGGUCUGGUGGGCCUCAGUGGGGCCAUUUUCACUCAGCUCUACCUCGCCUUCUAUGGCCACAAUCCCAAGUCACUGAUCCUCUUCAUCGCAUGGCUCCCAGCUGCAGUGUACAUGAUCUUCCUCUGCGCAAUUCGGAUAAUCAAAGCCAUCCCACAAAAAGAUGACAUCAAGAUCUUUUACUCUUUUCUCUACAUCGUCCUUGUGCUCGCCGGAUAUCUCAUGCUUGUAAUCAUCAUUGACAAACAGGUGGCGUUCACUGCACCAGCACUCCGUGGUAGUGCUGCUAUAAUCAUCUUCCUCCUCUUCCUUCCGCUUGUUGUUGUUAUAAGAGAAGAGCUCAAAAGCCGAUCUCCAAAGAACAAUCCUAAUCUGGCGGUGAUAUCCGUCGAAACGCAAGAUGAACAGUCAGAAAUAGCAAUUGCACCACCACAGUCAACUCCAUCCUCACGAAAGCAAUCUUGGUUUUCUCCAAAUAACCAUCCUCCUCUGGCAGUGAUAUCUGUCAAAAAGCAAGAUGAACAGUCACCAGUAUCAAUUGUACCACCACAGUCAACUCCAGCAGUAGCAAUUGCAUCUCCACGUUCAACUCCAUCCUCACGAAAGCAGUCUUGGUUUUCUACUAUCAUCAAUAUGUUGAAGGAGCCUGAGAGAGGUGAAGAUUACACCAUACUACAGGCGAUCACGAGCAUGGAUAUGCUAAUUAUCUUCUUUCUAAUUAUAUCCGGUAUCGGCAGCAAUCUUACAGCGAUCGACAACAUGGGUCAGAUUGGGGAAUCGUGGGGCUACAAUUCUCGCAGCAUCAGUACCUUUGUAUCGCUCGUAAGCAUUUGGAAUUUCUGUGGGCGGGUAGCCACCGGCAUAGCAUCGGAAAUCUUCCUAUCAAGAUACAAAUUCCCCCGCUCGUUGAUGCUGACAAUGGCCCUUCUCCUCUCUUCUGUGGGCCACCUCCUGAUUGCAUUCCCUGCUCCAGGCUCUCUCUACAUCGCCUCGGUGAUAAUCGGAUUCUGUCUUGGAGCGCAGUGGUCAUUGAUAUUCAUGAUCAUAUCGGAAGUGUUUGGUCUGAAACACUAUGCGACGUUGUUCAACGUCGCCGGGGCUGUUACACCAAUCGGAUCCUAUGUGCUGAAUGUCAGAAUUGCUGGACGUCUGUAUGAUAGGGAGGCUUUGAAGCAAAGAGCAUUUUCCGGCCAUGCUACGACGGGUGACUUAACUUGCCUUGGAACGCAGUGUUAUAGAUUAUCGUUCAUCAUAAUUGCCGCUGUGACGUUCUUUGGAUCGAUGGUUUCGGUUGUUUUGGUCAUGCGUACGAGGAAAUUCUAUAAAGGUGAUAUCUAUGCCAGGUUCCGCCGUGAGAGGGCGUCGACUGCAGAGUCUUAGACGAGUGUGACAGGAAAUGAGGGAGUGUAAGCUAUUAUAGCCUUAGAAAGAAGAAUUUAGAAGAGAACAGGAGGAUGCUGUAAUUUUUUGUUGUAUUGCUUAUUCGUAUUACACAAUUAAUCACUCAUACAUAUUUAUAGAAUUUCA